CGCCACGCCCACUGGUUCUCAGUGCGCACGCGCGAGUUUCCAACAUGGCGUCCCCCAUGAAGCUGUUUUGUGUGGAACCUUUUCCAGCGCAUUUUCACCCGUUACACGUGUUUAUCAGCAGCUCGCGGUUCUCCCGGGUGUUUCCGGGCUGCAGUGAUCUGACCUGCGCGCUGUUAUCUCUGCGGGACUCUCAGCGGCCCAGAAAACCUGGAGUUUUAGUCUGCGCGCAGCUGACAGCGACCGGGGAGCCGGACUGCGGGGACUGGGCUGCUCGCUGUGAGGAGGAGGAGGAGGAGGAGGAGGAGGGUGAUAAUAACACUCUGUGUGUUUUUGUGAGCAGAACUUUUCUCCUACACUACGAACUGCAGGCAGAUCUCAGAGGAACAGCGAGGUUACUGCAGCCUCCACCCCUGAACAGGGUUGUUAUUGGUGCCAGAACAAAGCAGAGCUUUAAAUGGGCUUCCUCAGAGAAGUUCUCCAGUGUUCUGCUGGUGUUAACCUCCUGCCACAAGCAGACUCUGUUUGCCAGACAGGGGGAUGCGCUGGUGUUGCCGUACCACCCUCUGCUGGGCGAUGACAGCACACAGAUGCAGCAGUAUCUGUCAGAUCUGGUUGUGUUGGAGUGCACGCCGGUCACUCAGGGGAUCAUCACCAUCCACACUAGUGUAGUGGUGUCUGACAGCAGGGAUCUGAUGCACACUCACUCUGGACUGGACCUACCUGGCAACCAAAUGAGCAGAUGCUCAAAUUCCUCUCUGUUCGUGUCUGAUUUUGCUCACUAUGCCAACAGUCUGGGUCCAGGCAGCUCCUUACUGAACAGUAAGCUGCUGUUCAGCACUGGCUUUACUGAGGUUCUGCAGGCUCUUGAGUGCAGGCUGGAUGUGAAGGUUGUUGAUGUCUCCUGGCUCUGCAGGCAGGGAACUCUGAACCCCAACACACAGCAGGACACCAAGGUGGACACCGACAGCACCAUAUUCAUGAGCAAGAGCUUGUUACUGAAGCUGGGCCUGUUUAACAGGGAAUGGGUGGUGGCUGCUUUGGGCCCUCCCUCUUUAGGGAAGGAGAAAAAGUCCUCUAGAGCAGAACUUACACAGAGUCCUCCUGCAGCUGCAGCAGAAACCGAAAGCACCUCAAAAGCUUCAGCCAAGACCCCCAGAGGGGACGUCCACCUUGUUAAAAUCGUGGCGUUUGAUGGCGACAGAGACAGGAUCUCAGAAAUGGAUAUGAAUGAGAAUGUGGGUUUCAUUUCACCUGUUCAGUGGUUCAACUUGUCCAGUGGGGAAGCAGUACCUGUUGGGAACAAGGCUGUCAAAAUAAAAAGGUGGAACAAAGCUCCAUCACAGACAGAGAUGAAACUUUCCGCAAGCCUGUGCUGUUCUGCAGUGCCUUCAUACGCCAAAGAACUCCAGAUUGAAGCGGUCGUAUCUCCAGAUUACCACUCUCAUGGACCCUUUACUGAUGUCCUCUUUAAGCACUUUAGCACACCGAGACUUGUACAGCAGGGAUGGAUUUUGGGAAUUCCAACACUAGGACACCCAGAUCUUGUGGAGAGCAGCUCUGAUGGCAUCACCAGAUGGCCGGUGUUAUAUUUUAAAGUGAAGCAGGUAACAGGCUUUUCUGGUGAUAAUGGAGAGGUGGCAUCAUAUCUAGCAGAUACAGACCACACCACUUUAUACACGAGAGACUCUACUAAUAGCCUGGCACCGUAUUCAGAGGUGAAUUCAUCGUUCUGGACGAGUUUAUGCCCUCCCGGUCUCUCCGGCACUGUCGAGCAGCUGGUCACCAUAAUACAGCCCCACCUCACUGAAAGGAAUACUCCUUUGAAGCGAGGCUGCACAGUUCUUCUCAUAGGUCCGCAUGGAAGUGGAAAAGUAACCGCAGUAAAGGCAGCGUGCAGGAGGCUACAUCUACAUCUGCUGAAGGUGGACUGCGUGACCCUCUGCGGCGACACUGCAGCUGCGUGCGAAUCAAAAAUGAAGGCAGCCUUCCACAGAGCUGAGGUCCAUCACCCCUGUGUGCUGUUGCUGAGGAACCUGCAGUUGCUCAGCCAGCGGCGGGAUGGAACUGAAAUGGACUCCAGGGUAGUGUCUGCUCUUUGCCAGCUCCUGACUGAUGCACACUCAAGUGUGAUCGUGGUUGGCUCUGUGAAUGAUCAGCAGGAAGUGUCGUCAGAUGUGAUCCCUGCCUUUGUGCACCAGAUGACCUUGGAAAGUCCUUCAGAGGAGCAGAGAAAGGCCAUGUUAUCCAGCCUCAGUGAAGACCUGUCUCUGGGAAAAGAUGUCAGUCUUGCCAAGCUUGCUAAACAGACAGCGGGUUUUGUGCUGGGAGAUUUCUGUGCACUGCUUACCAGGGCUGGAAAAGCAGCUCACCGACGGCUGCUGGAGAUUUAUUAUCCACAGGGGGGCAGUGCUCAGUCAGAGAUGGACCUGUGUGAUUGUGGUGUUACUAUAAUGUCUGCAGACUUCACAGCAGCGUUGGACUCCCUGCAGGAAGCCCACUCUCAGGCUAUAGGAGCACCAAAGAUCCCGUCAGUGAGGUGGCAGGACGUGGGGGGUCUGCAGCAGGUGAAGAAGGAGAUCCUAGAUACCAUCCAGCUUCCAUUAGAGCAUCCAGAACUGCUGCCGCUCGGACUGCGCCGCUCUGGCCUGCUGCUCUAUGGGCCGCCUGGCACCGGCAAGACCCUGCUGGCUAAAGCUGUGGCCUCAGAGUGCUCUCUGACCUUCCUCAGUGUGAAAGGUCCAGAGCUUAUUAACAUGUAUGUAGGCCAGAGUGAGGAGAAUAUAAGAGAAGUGUUUAGCAAAGCUCGGGCUGCAGCUCCCUGUGUCAUCUUCUUUGAUGAGCUGGACUCCUUGGCUCCUAACCGAGGUCGCAGUGGAGACUCAGGAGGAGUGAUGGACAGGGUUGUGUCUCAGCUGCUGGCUGAGCUUGAUGGCCUGCAUUCCUCCAAUGAUGUUUUCGUAAUUGGAGCAACCAACCGCCCAGACUUACUGGACCAAUCAUUGCUUAGACCUGGCAGAUUUGACAAACUAGUCUACGUUGGAAUCAGUGAAGACCGGGAAGCACAGCUGCAGGUUCUCAAAGCAAUCGUAAGAAAGUUUAAGGUGGACCCUAAAGUCAGCCUCUCAGACAUAGUUGGGCGUUGUCCUCCUCAACUCACAGGAGCUGAUCUGUAUGCUCUGUGCUCGGACGCCAUGAUGUCUGCGAUUAAGAGGAAGAUUCUGCGUAUCAGUGAAGGUCUGGAGUUGGAGAAAGACGAGCUAACGCUCUGUGCCGAGGACUUCAGCCAGGCCCUGGAUGUCCUGCAGCCGUCAGUGUCUGAGCAGGAGCUGCAGAAAUACAAACUCAUCCAGCAGAAAUUCACUGCAAAAUAACAUAAUCACCAUCGCCUGCACCCCUCAUGCAUGAGUCUGGGCAAUACUGCUAUAAAUCUGUGCAUUACUGAAUGAGGUGAAUUCACAGUCCCAACUAACCUACUCUACAUUCUGCACUUUAUACACAGUUUUCUACAGAGUUGAUACAAGGAACUGCUCCCUACAUUGAUCAUUUGGGAUCAUUUAUUUACCAUAACUGGUUCUUUCAGGUAAUUUAAAACCUAUUUUGUUUUUAAUAUUCUAGUAUUCUUGUCACCAUAAUACAGUCCAAGCAACAGAGAGUCUACCUAAAAUAGUAAAGUCAGUGGAAGGUAUACUUGUACAUUUCCAAACCUAAAUGCAUGAUGGAUAGAUAGUAUGGAUAUUUGUGGACUAAUGAUGGUGUUUUAGGGUGUUUUCACACUAGUAGUUGGUUUCUCUGUUCCGAAUCAAAUGCUGAGUUUGUUUGCUUAAAGCGUUUUCUCUCUCUGUUUGGUUUGGUUUGGUUUCACACAGGCACAAACCUAAACACACCCAAAUCGAGACCAGAUCACGUUCACACCACAAGCAAACCGCUCCUGAGUGUGAUUACUGAUUUCACACCUGCUCAAAUGAACCGCACAAAGGGUUAAAACAAACCAGAGUGUUUUAAAUGGACCAAAUUGUGCUGGUGUGAAAACAUCCUUAAACCUUUAUAUCAUUAGAAUUGGUAUUUUUUGCCCCUAGGCUCACUAUACUGUAGGAGAGUGUAUUAGAUUUUAUGCUUUGAGCUAUCCCUUCAAAAAUGUGGUUAAAACUAGGGGUGGGAAUCACAGGGCAUCAAUCACAAAACAAUCUUAUCACAAUACAUUUUCUCAUGAAACCAAUGAUAGCACGAUAUUGUGAUUCUGUGAUACUCAAUAUAUCACAACACAUUUCUUUAUCAUACUUCACAGCAUCUGUGUUCCUAAAGAGGAUAAAAUAUUCCUAAAUAAUCAAAUAGGAGGAAUUAUGGAUUUAUUGGUGUUGGAAUUCUUGUUCAAUAUUCUUUACACUAUAUUUUUUAUUAUAUCAUCACCAUGUGGAGUAAUAAAGCAGUAACUUUUGUGAUAAAUUUACACAAAAAUGAUAUUGAUACCAUAUCUUGUCCCACCCUUAGCUAAAUCAUAUGUUUCUGUAAAUAUAUAGAACCAGGAUCUGAAGUGAAAGUAUCAUGUGGACUGAGGCAUUAGAGUAAAGUAGUAUUACAGGUCAGUAGAGCAUUACAAUAAUGCUGAUGCUGUAUAUUAAGAUAGAAACUCCAUAUAAUACUGUUUUAAGGAUUUACUGCUUUUUUAAAGUUAUCUUUCAUUGUGUAUCAGCACUGCAGUAUGUUUAUUACUUUCCGCUCAGAGACAAGGGUAAAAGUAAGGAAUCAUAUCUGUGAACAGUAGCAUUCAAAUUUCUCCAGUAAACGUUUAGUCUAUUACAAGCUUUGAGAAUACAACAGCUAAGGAACAAUUCUCUUUUUACAAAAUACAUCAACUAAAAUCUUUUAAUUUUUAAUUAUCACAACAAUAAUUUAUUUGGUCACACUUUAUAUUAAGUGGUAAUGUAUUGUAAUUAUUAACUUAAUUUGCUAUGCAAAUGUUUUGUUAUGUUUUGUACAUGUGUUGAAAUAUGUUAAACAAUUAUCUGGAAUUUACUGAUCAUGUUUCUCUUUGUUAAAUAGCUCAUUUAAAUGCAAGAUAAAUGCAGAAUAUGCAAGAGAAAACAAUUAAAAACAUUUUUUUUUUUCAGAUUUAGCAAAGCUUUACUUCUUGAUCCGUUAUGUUGUCAUAACAUACUUAUUACAAAGGACAAAUAGGACGGCUUAAUAUAAAGUGUUACCUUGUUUAUUUGGUGAAACAUUAUGUAUGUAAACCCUAUGAAUAGAUGAAAAGUAAAUGUGUCAGAUUUUGUCAAAGUGCGGUAUGUCAUGGUGAGCUAAAAGUAAAAAAAAAAGACAAUAUAAACAGGAUAAAGGACAGAAAUUAAAAUAAGAUGUUUGUAAAUGUAAACUUUCAAACUGUGCAAGCUUUUUUUGUUGUUGUUUUUUUCUUUUCUUGUCCAAAAUGGACAUUUUUAUUUAAACCAAUGGUUAUCACCAGUAAUCAGUGAUGGAAUCAUUUCUGUGUAAAAUAUGUUUGUAUGUUUUGUAAUUAAUGAAAAAUUAAUUAUAUUAAAAUAAGUAUAAUUAUUUUCAUAAA